AUGUCAGCUUGGGCCUCACCGCUCACUGAUGCCUUUAUCAGGACUCUUCUCUGCUGCUCCUGUAUGCUUGUUGUCUUCAGUAUGUUAUGCACAGCUUACUGCCUGCAUGGGGGGCCUGAGGCCCUGAAAUCCAGAGUUUCUGUGGAUGAACGUCUCCAGAGAGUAAAGCUCCAGUCUUCUGCCAGUGGGAGUGGAAAGGGGCUUCUAACCACUCUGUAUUCACACUUCCAGGGACACCCUGGACUUUUCACCCGUGUGCCAUAUCCCCCCAUUCACCCACGUGCCAUAUCCCCCCCACCCCCAGGGUCCCUGAUGCCUCCAGUUCAGACCUUGAGAGGGGCCUGGGGUAGGAAGGAGCUUGCUCAUAGAAGCUCUGCUGCCCCAGGGCAGUGGAGUUUUAAGAGGGAGUGGAGAAUCUCUUGGGUACAAGUGACAGAAACUCAUCUCAAACUAACUGAAACCCAAAAGAUGACUUCUUUUGGCUUCUGCUACUUGGAUCUUCUGAUAAUUAGCUGGAAGAGGGGGUCUGAGAGAAGAGAUAGAAGAGGACACAAGGUCACACGGGGCCUGGGAGGCAGAGAGAGCCAGGCAGGAGGCCCGUCGGAAAUCACACCCUGCCGGCUAAUCCCACAGGGCCGGCGGGAGCAGCGUCGCCGGCGGCGGUGUGGCCGUCCUCUCCCGUCCCCGGAAGGUCGCGGAGGCACGGGCCGCUGUUGGGUAGAGCGGCGGCCGCCUCCAGCAGCAGCGCGGGGACCUGCGGAGCUGUCACCUCCGUCCUCCACCUGCCCCGCGUCCGCGGGCAGUUCCUCCCCUCGGCAGCCCCGGAGUGCGGGUGCCGUCCCUAGGCCUUUGCCCUCAGGGUCAUGCAGGUUCCUCCCGGCGACCGUGGGACAGAGAUUCCGCCUGUGGCUGUGAACUGGAACUGACCAAAGACACUCCCGGGGACGCUGUGGGCCACGCCCUCGCCGCAGGGAGAGGCCGAGUCUCGCAGAGCGAGGAAUCGCGGGGUCUGGCAGCUGCCGGGAUGCCGGCAGGGGGCGCUCCCGGCGGACCCGUGGGGCUCCGCCGCCCGCAC